GGUGUGGGGCGUUCACCCUCACCUCAUCAACCUCUCUUCCUCUUCAUUAUUUUGCUUUGUCCGUCUUGUACCAGUGUACUCAUCUUUGGAGCCCGAGCGAGCGGCCGGCUAAAGGAGUCCUCGGCUUUGUGGGUCAGACUGAAAGUCUAAUUGCAAUGGAGUGCUUCAACAGCCUACUCCUCAAACUGCAGGAAGUCCACGAGCGAGAAGUUGAGGGUUGGCAGGGCAAAAUCCAAGAGCUGUCCAACAAGAAAGGCUGUGACACAAAGCGAAUGGAGGAUCUUUUUUCAAAAAACCAGCAGAUGAAAGAACAGCAGAGAGUCCUUACCGAGAACAUCAAGACACUAGAAAACAGGCUGCGGGCAGGGCUGUGUGACAGAUGCACAGUCACUCAGGAGGUAGCCAAGAGGAGACAGCAGGAAUUUGAGUCUUCACAGAUACAGAGCAUCCAGCACAUCACUCUAUUGGCGGGAGAGAUGAACAACUUGAAAAGGGAGAACAAGCAACUUAUAGAGGAGCUCAGAAGUAUCAAAGCAGCAUUCAACAAAGGUCCCAGCGAUCACCCCUCCAAUAGCAACAGCACCACCACAGGGGUCAAACCAAACAGCUCCCCUGACCUUUCACCUUCAUCUGGACCUGUUCCCCUCGUCACUAAGGAAACCAGCAGGGAAAGAAACCAGCCAGCAGAUGGCAGCUUUGCAAUGAAAACGGAGACGGUCCAAAGAGCUGAAGAAAGUGAACACAGACGAUUAAGAGGGAUGAACAGAAGCUACUCUGAGUUCUACAAGCCUCUCACCUGGAGGACGGAACAUGGUUUAACCCAUCUUAGAGAAAAAAGAGAAGUCAACCCCAGCAGACACGUGCUCCAUGCUCCUGUCCCCUGCCGUCCUAAGCCCAUCAAGAGCAGCCCUGUCAGUAUCCCCUGGCCCAUAUCUGAAUCCUCAGACUGGGUGACCCCAGCUUCUCCGGGGACUAGUCUGGUCCAACCUUCUCCCAAGCCAAACCUGCCACGCUUUCCCAACCUGAUUCCAACUAGCCAACAUGCCAGCCCUGUAAGGCAGGUUUUUGAGUCUCCUUGGCAAAAGCAGAGCACCCCUCAGCCCAAUUCCAAAGAGCCAACUGUAGUGUUCAGGUUGAGAAGUGUUCCAGAGCCUGUCAAGAGUAAAAUCAAGCCCCAAGAGAAAAAGGAAGUUCCACCUUUCAAAACAGAGAGGUUUUCUGCUGAAGGUGCAAGAGAGGCCUAUGACUGGCCUCUGGACCUAUCGGAUCGAGGAAAUUCCCAACCCAGGCAAAUGGAAACAGAGGAUUCACCAUUAUCCUUACAUGGUGGAGAGAGAGUACAGACAAGCCCUGACAAGGAUGGGAUGGCCAAUCCGCCGUCACCUGGAACAGUAUCAUCACCUUCUCCUGACAAUCCUCCCUUGUGCUCAUGGACUCAAAGUCCAUCAGUAAAACAAGAAGAGCAAGAAUCUUCCACUGACCAAAAUCACAAGGAGGUAGUCAACGAGCAGGAGCUGAAAGAGGAGGUGAACGAAAAGACAGACCAAUGCUACGAGAAGAAGGUGCCCACCCUCACUAUAUCAUUACGUCCAGUAGUGGUGCUGGAGAACCUUAAUUCCGAUCUGCAAGAAGCCUUAUUAUCAAAGGGCAAGUCAUCAUCAACACCCGCUGAGCCAGGAAGCAGCUCAGAGGAGCAAGGUGUGGAGGGAAGUGCAUCAGUACAAGAGCGGAACCACGGCGGCAAGAGGAAGAGGGCUCCAGUGGAGAUAGAAAAUCAGGACUCAGAAACCGACCAUAUUGAGUGGGAGAGGAACAUCAAGAUCACAGUGAGAAAUGAGGAGAAGAGCACUUGUUAAAGAGCAUGAUGUUACAUUGACCUAAACCUCCAUCAAUUGAUUUUGUCCCCUGAGGGCACCGCAAUGAGCAGUACAUACAUCCCGUAAAACAAACGACUUUAACCAAGACGUCUGCUGUACUUCAAAAGACGCAGAGCAAAGUUUGCAUUUGUUUGGGGUUUUGUUUUUGUCCACUUGACAUUCUUAAGUCCAAAAUCCUCUGUAAUAUACAAGGAUAUUAAUAUCCUGUUGAGCAGCCUAUGGUGGUUUGGUGGAGAACUGAGACAAGAUCAGGCUCAAAACACACAUUUUGUAACACGUAACUGCCCGUAAGGUACAACUCAAACUGACAUACUGUCAGUGCUAUUUCUGCCACGGAACCUCCACUCUCCUCACCUCGCCAUAAGUGACUACCCAAGAAAAAACAUGUUCCUCUUCCUCUUUUUCAUUUUCAGAAUGCACAUAUUUUGCAAGUAUUAACUUUCCGUUCACAGUUGUGUGCAGUAACCCGGGUGCACGGAAGUGAUAAAAAAGACAAAUGAAAAACCCACA